AAAAUACCAACAGUGGCUUCUCCCUCACACUUCAAUUAUGGCGCUAAAAUCACACUGAUCAAUUAGGGUUUUCAAGACCCCUUCUCGCAUUUCCAACAUCAAAUUCCUUUCCUCCCAUGGCUACUUCCAAUGGAGAUGGUCAUAAUAAUAAUCUCCAAGGAACGCCUAUAUCUUCAAACCCUAACCCUAAACCUAACAGCAAAGAUCCCAUCGCCCCCGUUGCCGGUGGCGAUUUGUCGGGUAAAUCGCCGAGCCCUCAAGACUUUAUACUGUCAGUGGCUUUAAAACUUUCAUCUCAGCCUUUACAGUAUUCUGACCCUGAUGUCUGGGGCGUACUCACUGCCAUCUCUACGAAAGCCCGCCAACGCCGUCAGCAGGGAAUAAAUAUGCUUCUGACAAGUGAUGAGCAUGUGAUUGGCCGAACUGUAGCUGAUACACGGUUCCAGAUUUUGUCAAAUCAAAUUAGCCAACAUCAUUGCAAAGUAUAUAGGAAGAAGGUUUCUUCAGAAGAUGCAGAGGGUCAAUCCAGACUCUUUAAUUGUGGCUUCUUGAGAGAUACUAGCACAAAUGGAACGUUUCUCAACUGGGAAAAGUUAAACAAGAACAGCCCCGAGUCUAAAUUACAUCAUGGAGAUAUCAUAUCAUUUGCUGCACCUCCUCAACAUGAACUUGCUUAUGCGUUUGUGUUCCGAGAAGUUCUCAAACCUACUUCAGGGACCGAAAGUUCGCCUCUAAAAAGAAAAGCGGAUGAGUUUGGAUCUGAAACCAAAAGGCUUAGAGGAAUUGGUAUUGGUGCUUCAGAAGGUCCUAUUUCGCUUGAUGAUUUCCGGAGCCUUCAGCGGUCAAACACGGAAUUAAGGAAGCAAUUGGAAGAUCAAGUUGCAACCAUUGACCAAUUGCGCAAUGAACACCGUGCAGUGAUCGAGCUUCAUGAAGUUGAAAAGAAAAACUUAAAAGAGUCCAUUUCUAAAACUUAUGUAGAUGAGCUCAAGGAGGCACGCAAUAUGUUUGAAGCAAAGCAGAAGGAAUUAGUUGAAGUCAAUAAAAUAACUUCUGAACAAAAACGUGCUAUGGUGGACCUCAAUGAAAGACUUGAUGCAUCUUUGCAGUCUUGUACUGAAGCAAAUGAAAUAAUCACUAGCCAGAAUGCAUCCAUAAGUGAACUCAAGAUGCUUCUAGAUGAAGAGAGAGAUCAAAGAAAAGACGAUCGAGAGAAGGCUGUGGCAAACUUGACAGCCUCAAUUCAAAGGGUUAAAGCAGAAGCUCAGGAGGAAUUGAAGCGGCUCUCAGAUGCUUCUCUUAGAAGAGAAAAUGAACAGCAAGAAAUUAUAAAUAAGCUUCAGGAAUCAGAGAAAGAAAGGUGUUCAUUGGUGGAGACUUUGAGAUCCAAAUUGGAAGACACUAGGCAGAAACUGGUUGGCUCGGAUAAUAAGGUCCGACAGCUUGAAUCCCAGUUUUCUCAAGAGCAACGGGUUUCUUCCAUUGCUAAAAGAAAGGUACAAGAGCUUGAGCAUGAAACUAGCAGACUGAGAAAAGAACUUGAGAGCGAAAAGCAGGCAGCUAGGGAAGAAGCCUGGUCUAAGGUUUCCGCUCUUGAACUUGAAAUUAAUGCUGCAAUGCGGGAUCUUGAAUAUGAAAAACGUAGGCUCAAAGCUGCCAGGGAAAGGAUAAUGCUUCGGUUUGUAUGUAGGGAAACUCAGCUCCGGGCCUUCUAUUCAACAACGGAGGAGAUCUCUAGUUUAUUUGCAAAGCAGCAGGAACAGUUAAAGUCUAUGCAAAGGACACUAGAAGAUGAAGAAAAUUAUGAGAAUAUAUCAGUCGAUAUUAAUCCUAAUACCGAUAAUGGCAAUCAUAUUGGUUCUCUCCACCAAACCAAAGAACCAAUUGGCUCUCAAUGCAGUGGCGGCGUAAAGGCAUCCGAAUCAACCACUUCCACCAAGCCGCAAGGCGAAAAUCAAGCGGAAACAUCAAGUGACGAAGCCAGCGUGACCGAGAAACACGACUGUGAUGUCCGGAAUCAAGAAACUUGCGAAGAAACACAGGAAGCGGAAUUCGGAAGUUUCGAUCCAGGUGCUAAAGGUGCGUUUGGAUCUGAUAUCGAGGGCGUGAAUACCGCACCGAUUGGAACCGAACAAGUUCUCGAGACUGAAACGCAGGGACUUGAUCAGAAUAUUGAUUUGAAUAAAUUAGCUGGUGAUACAAUGAUGAUUGAUGAUGGUGGUGAAAGGGUUAAAAUCGAUGGCAGUGAGAAUUUGCACCAACCGAAAGACCCAAUUGAAGAAGAUACUGAAGCUGGAGAUACCAUCAGAACGGGAGAUCUUUUGGCAUCGGAGGUUGCAGGGAGUUGGGCUUGCAGCACGGCUCCUUCGUGCCAUGGAGAGAAUGAAUCUCCGGGAAGUGGCGGUGGCUAUGAUAAGGGUACACGCGGUGGUGGCAGCGGUGGUGGAAUGUUACACGAUUCUGCUAGUAUUGCUGCUGAGAGCCAAACUGGUGUCGGAAGGAACCCAGAGCAUGAAGCGCUUACGAAAAUGAUCGGGAUCGUUGCUCCGGAAUUGAAGGACCGGUUUUGUGGCACUAUAGGGAGUGAUAGCGAGAAAGGGGUUGCAUCGAACUCGGAUACGGAAGAUUGCACUGAUGACGAUGGCGGUGAAUCCGAUACCGAGACCCGGGGUCAUGAUCGUCCAUCGAAUAAUGAUCAUAAAGCUGUUGAUGCGAUGGACGAGGAUGAUGACGAUGAUGAGGAAGCAACCCAGCAAGAUUCUGGGUAAAACUGCAUCAAUGGAUUCAUGUAAAGCAUUUUGUAAUGUAAACCCUGUGACCGAACUGAAUCAUGUGGCAUGGUUCGCUUUGAAGGUUUUUGUGGUCGAUUUGGUUACGGAAGUGGGAACCGGUUGAGUGAUUUGAUCCGUGAUGCUAGCGAAAAUUUGAGCCAAACCGAACCGAAACGGACUGCUGGGUCAAGAUGCUGGUCAUCUGUGGUGUAAUUAAUGUAACGAAUCGACCAAAGAUCAGGGGGUUCAUGGUAUUUAUUUAGAAGUUUGAUUUUGUAGCCUUUUAGAUUUGAAAUAUUCACUUUACACCCCGUGUUUUGUGAUUAUUCUUUGUAUGCUUGUAAAUAUGGAGGUUAGAGAAAUUUUAUUUUUAAGAAAUAUUACAUUAGUUUUUUUCUCGAUAACAUACGGAAAUCUUCCGAUGCACGAUUCACGUAUAAAACGGAAAACAACGAUGAAAUUCGUUUGUUUUUUGUUUGGUUUUUAACUGGUAAGC